AUGGAACCACAUCUAGAUUUUUCCAAUAACAUUAAACAAAUUUGGUUCUGGCUGUAUAUGGUCAGUGAGAUGUUCCAAUUAGUUCAAGGUGAUUCAGCAACAAGUUAUGGCCGAGAGUUCUUCCUGCCUUAUUUGAACUUCUGCAAAGAGGAAUUAUUCUUAGAAAUAGUGCCAACAUUUCCUGGAACUGACCACAUCCAGUUGACAAUAGAAGAUCAGAACAAUAUUACUAUUUAUAAUAACCAGAUAAACCAAUCAGAAGUGCUAAAUAUAUCUUACAUGGAGCUCCAUGCCGGCAAUACCACAGGUUUAAAGAUGAAAACAACCAAACCAGUAUCUGUAUAUAUCAAGAAACAUAAAGGAGAUAUGACAAUGGUCUUUCCUACUAAUGUUCUCAACACCCAAUAUGUUCUUCCAAAUUUCUCAAGUAUUAAUGCUUUUGACAUUUAUCAUGUGAUAAUGUAUGCAAUAAACCCGGAUACAACGAUAAACUUUGAUGGCAAUAUGUGUUUUCAUAUACUCGCUACACAUGCGAAUGACAACACAACACAGACCUACGAUAUUGUGUGUGGGUUUUCUAAUGUGUCUGAAGACGACAACACAUCAAUGCCAAAAGACAAUUCCAUGAAUACAAUUGGUUUGAACUCUUACGAAAUGGUUAUUUUGGAAUCAACCACUUUAGAUGCAGUGGUCAAUAUGACCUCAGACAAGUUAUUUGGUGUGCUAUUACUAGUGCUAGACAAUGAAAGUGACUCCAAUGACUCCUCUUGUGUUGACAUGAACAUCCAGACAUUAGAGUCAAUACCACCAGCAUCUUCAAAUGGAAAACAUUUUUAUUUUUCAAAAUUUGAGCAGCAAACAAAUUUAACGUUUCAUAUAACAGGCCUUGAAGAUGGAACAAUUAGCAUAGAAACUGACCAAUCAUCUUCUGAAUUAUACCUAACGUCCAACGAAACCCUUCACUGUGACUUCCAAGCAGCCAAAUACGUUUCAUUAAGGGCAUUAAUUCCGGUACAAGUGCACGUUUCGACCGUCGUAGUAAUUACGGAUACGCAGGAGUAUUUAAUCAACGAUUUUUUCCUUCCUGCACACGAACAGUUCUUACGUUGCUCUGUGAACGAUACGUGUAUAUCAGUGUGUCCCAAUGUUAUUAACGAGACGGUUCUGAAGUCGUCGGUUCAAAUUUUACAACAUACCUUUCUUGAUGCAAGUAAUUCUAUCUUCUCAAAUGUGAAAUCAGAAAUAACUGAACACAAAUCAGACAAUUUGAUACUGCAAAAACUGUGGACAAAUCAUUCAUUUGUGUAUAUUACUUGUAAAUCUGAAACAGGGAGUGUAUACCCAGUUGCUACUGGGGUGAACAAACUAUACGCUGCUUGUGUUCGAAAUUCGAAUCCCAUUGUGGCUGGCGACGGACUAGACAACGAUUGCGAUGGGCUCAUUGAUGAAGAAACGGACAACGGCGUGGAUGAUGAUGGCGAUUCGCUUGUAGACGAAGAUACUCUUCAUAAGUGUGCGGUGCAUC